CCACCCUCCCACAGACUGAGAUAUGGCUUUUAAUUGGUCGGGUCACAUACCACUUGCAGUGUGCUCAAACUAACCUGCUGCCAUUCCAGAAGUUAGGAGCCAAGCAUUGAAGAAUGAAGACACUUGCAAAUAUAUUCCUGGGACUUUUAAUAAUUAAAGCAGUUGUAUCUGCUCCUCCAACGGAUAGCGUCAAUUAUGACACAGCGGCCUAUGAAGUUGACUUACUCUAUAAUCUUUAUGACUAUGAUGAAAACACUAAUAUCGAUCAAGGAGAGAUAGAAAUUGGAACAGUAUUGCCUGUUGUGAAUAGACCAAUUCUUUCUCCUGAGCCAGUUCAAGAAGAAAUUGAAGAAGAAGAAGAAUCCACACCGAAAUUAAUUGAUGGAUCUUCACCACAGGGACCCUUGUCUCCUGGAGUCCCGGAAGCAAGUGGAGGUGUCUCUACCUGUAUCCUGUGUGGAUGCAUUCGUACCACAGUCUAUUGUGAUGAUCACAACCUUGAUGCAGUACCCCCCCUUCCCAAGGACACUACACAUGUUUACCUACGGUUUAACAGGAUAAGCAAGAUAAACAAAAAUGAUUUCUCAUAUCUAAGCAAAUUACAGAAGAUUGAUUUGACAUCAAACAUUAUAUCAGAUAUUGAUGAAGAUGCUUUUAGAAGCUUGUCUCAGCUUGAUGAGCUCAUCCUUCUAGAUAACAACAUAAGACAACUUCCAGAGUUGCCACACUCUGUGAGCUUCCUAGAUGUCAGCAAAAACAGACUGGGACGCAAAGGAAUAAAGCAGGAGGCAUUCAAAGACUUGAACGAUCUUCGUCUUUUGUACUUGAAUAACAACAACCUGGACCACAUUCCAAUACCACUUCCAGACAGCUUACAGGCACUUCACCUUCAGGACAACAACAUUCAGGAAAUGCAUGAAGAUACGUUCUGCAACAUGAAAGAUUUUACAUAUGCUCGAAGAUCCCUUGAAGAUAUUCGUCUGGAUGGCAAUCCCAUUAAUCUGAGUAAAACACCGCAGGCUUUCAUGUGUCUACCUCGUAUACCAGUUGGCAGACUGGUCUAAAAGACCAGAAAUUAAGUCAGAGAGACGCCUAAAUCGUUUACCUGACUUUUUAAUGCAUAACACUUUGCUGUUUCUAAUGAGUACCAUUUGUAUGGUACUUUAAUCAAUACAUUUUCUUUUGUUUUUAAUGAAUAAAAAGCCAAAUCAAUUAAAUCAAUUAAAUGUACUGAGACCUGGAAAAUACUAUUAACAAAAUGUACAUAAAGUACCUUCUCAUAAUUAAUUAGCAUUUACUGGAGUAUUCUGUGAUGUUGUCUUUGUGAUGUGUUGUGUUGUUGUUUGCUACCUACUAGCUCCUGGCUCACCUGUCUCAUCUUGCAGUAAAUGUGAAGUAUGUUACACCUGAACUAGAGAUGUACAUAAAGGUUAUUUGUUGUUUUACUUUAGCCUAAAAAAGUCUGUGUCUUAAUAUAAGCAACUUUCUGCUAAAAUGAUUGAAUUGACUUUACUUUAGUAUGUGUGUAGUAGAUAUUCCAUUCUAUGUGCAAUAAGAAUGCAGUGUAGUUUAGCUGCCAUCUGCUGGUCAUUUUUCAUAUCUACUUGCAAAUCACAAUUUCCAUCAUUUUUUGAAUAUACUAAUUACCGUAUGUAUGAACUUAAAAUUCCUUAUUGUUACAAAGAAAUUCACCACAGGAUGGGGAAACAUAAACAGCAAUAAAAGAGGCUGAGCCUUAAAAUAUAAAUUU